AUGGCGCCCGUCCAAGUCGAGCACCGCGCAGAGCAACAGCACCCCCACCACUACCUAUGGGUCAUAGGCCUCGCGGUGCCCGCGGCGCUCCUCCUGCUCCUCUGCGCCACGCUCCUGAUCCACCACCACCAGCAUCGCAAGGCCACCAGCACGAAACGCAUCAGCACCCAAGGCAUCAGCUCGGACGACGAGCCGCCAGUCGUCGUCGACGACGACGACGAGCCUGCGCCGUCCCUCCCCACCACGCCCACGCCACGCCCGCCCCGCCUCACGACGUUUGGCGGCGCGUCGUCCGACUUUUUGUCGCGCGAGGCGCUCGUCGAGGGGCCUGCUGGUGUCGCUGAGCUGCCAGCUAUCGCCGCCCCGCCGGCGUCAGUACCGCGCCCGUAA